AUGGCCUUUGAGUGUGGAAAGCUCUCAGAGGAAGAAUGCCACCAACAACUAGCGGAUCACUAUGGCUUCGAGGCAGAUGAACUUGUAAUGGCCAUAAGCAAAGGCCGUGCAGCUGCCAUUUAUGAUGAAAGUCUAGUGGCAAGUCUCUGGGACUUCAAAAAGGCUAUGGCGGGCAAGGUGGUGUUCAUUCUUCCAUCGAACAUUUCCAGUCCAGAUUACAUGAUCCUUCGACAGCUAUGGGGAGAGGAAUUUUGGUCCCUUUUUGACCACUGUUUUCCUUCAUGCGUGGUAGGCACCCGUGAACCGAGUAUGCGGUUCUACCCCCGCAUGCUCUCGGGUAGUGGUGCUGUACCGCGAGAUACCAUUUUCGUGGAUGACCAGCCGGAUCAUGUGCUAGCAGCCUCUGCUCUAGGUAUCAAAGGGAUUUUGUUCACUGAUGGCGAGAAUCUCUUGCAGAGUCUCAUGAAUAUGACUGGUGAUCCGGUAGAGCGAGGCCAGGCAUUUCUUCAUGCCAAUGCUGGUCAGCACCACUCGAUCACAGACCGAGGAGAGGAGGUAGAAGAAAACUACUCUCGACUUUUGAUACUGGAUAUUACACACGACUGCUCACUGGUGUCAUUAACUCGUCCCCCUAAAUUUUGGAACUUUUUUGAGGGCCCCGCGAAGUUCACCACCGAGACCUUCCCAGACGAGUUUGAUACUACCGCUUUGGCAUUGGUAUCGAUGCCCUACGAACCCUCGGUGGUGCAUUCCAUGAUGGAUGAAAUGCUGAAUAAUGUUGACGAGGAUGGCUUGAUACAGGUCGGAGAGCCAUCACAUAUAUUUUACCUUGAUGACUCGCGCCCCAGAGUCGAUGCAGUGAUUUGUCUCAACAUUCUCACGCUUUUCUGCACGUACAACAGAGGAUACCAGCUGUCAAAGACCAUGAGCUGGAUCAACGACAUUCUGCUCAAUCGAGCCUAUAUGAAUGGCACUCGAUACUACCCUACUCCGGAGUGGUUCUUGUAUUACAUGGACCGACUACUCUCACGAUCUAAUGAUCAGAUCUUAAGGGACCGAUUCGAGUGUCUUCUCCGAACGCGGAUUAUUGAGCGAAUUGGUGCCGGCGGAGAUGCACUAUGUUUGGCCAUGCGUCUGUGUGUAUGCAACUCGCUUGGAAUUGCAAAUCGCCCUGAUUUUGAUACUUUGACUGCUUUACAGUGUAAAGACGGAGACUGGGAGCCUUCGUUCAUGUAUCUCUUUCCGGGGUCGGGUAGGAGACUUGGAAGUAGAGGCGUGACGACAGCACUCGCAGUGAAGGCACUCCAGAGCGCCGUUACUCAAGGUAUAUUAAUGUGA